AUGAUAUCUUAUAGGAGACAAGCUAUGGACAUGAAACUCAUGACUCGCGCGCUUGAACAUUUGGAUCUUAUUCACGCAAUGAAUCAAGCCAUUCGCAUGCCAGAGCAGAAAUGUGCAAGUACAAAUGAACUGCUCCUAAUUCUUGAGCGCAAACAAUUUCUCCAAGCUGGCGACCUGGUAGAGUUAUUACAAGAUAGCCCUAAGAACUUCGGUCUUCAGUUUAGCAACCCAAUUCAACCGCCUGUCAUGCCGUCAAAUGGACUACCCUCAGUCUUUACCAUCGAUUAG